CAACCUCAUCAAAAAUAUUCUCUUUCCUCCUUUUUUCAUACAUCUACAGCCACCUUGCAUUUCAUCAGUUCUCAAAACUUGAACACAUAUUCAAGAGUGAACUCUCAGCCCCGAGAAUAAGUUUUGUUGACGGAUCCUUAGUUAUUUUGUCAUGAGAAACGUUCCGCAAAAUAUGGGGUUCGGUCAGUGCCCUCAAUCUACAAUUCCCACACCAUGUUCUUGUCAAAUUCCACUUUCAGGAGAUGUAGUUACACCCCAAGAUUGCAAACAGCAUGAAGCAGAAAUAAGAGAGGAAGUGUUUGACAAGCUAAAUCAGAUUCUUUCCGAGUUUUUGGAACUACAGGAUGCAAAAGACAACGGCGUACUACUGCUGAGGAGGAAGAUCUUCAUUGGGAUCGGAAAAGAGACUCGUGAUCUCGAUAACUUCAUUGUUGAAUGGCUUAAUCAAUAUUCUCAAGUGAAAGUCAUCUCGGAGUUGCUUCAAAGUUAUCGAGAAGUAGAUUAUGAUAAACAAGAUGUUAUGCAAAUUAGAGGGUUCAACAAUCAUCUAAUGGAGGGGUGCAACUUUCAGUCUUCGUGCAAACUUGAGCGGUUCAAGGGACUGAGAUGAUGGUUGGUGAAGCAUGCGUUGAGACAUGGGAGACUAAUAAUUGUUCUGAACCUGACUGUGUUCAGACGUGCAAGAUUAGACAUGGGUCUUUUGCCGAAGGCCGAUGCUUGUUGGUUGAUACUUGUCAAUGCACUUAUAACUGUUAAGAUAUUUCGACUUUUAUAUAAGCUAAUUUAAAUAAAACAGUUAUGGUG